AUGAAAAUAGGGGUGAAGGAGGAUAAGUUUGCACCAAGAGCUAAGAAAGAAGUCCUUUUGGGAUACUCCUCUACACAAAAGGGAUAUAGAUUGCUUGAUUUAGAAACUAACUACUUUUUUGUCAGCAGAGAUGUUACUUUCUGGGAAUCUAUUUUUCCUUUCAAGGAGACUCAACUGCAGAUCAAUCUACAUACAGUGAUGCAGAACCAAGAUGAUUUCCUAUGUCUGCAGCAUGACAACAUACAUGUUGUGGAAGUACACAUCAUAGAGGAGCAUGGUCAAGCAAUAGAAAUGCCAGUUAUGAAUACAAUAUUGGAACAAUCAGCAGAAGCCACACCUGAAACUUCAACAAAUCAACCAGCAACUAAUGAAAGAGAUGCAGAAGGCCUGACAGAAGACUUUGAACAGCUAGAGGAGAUCAUGGACUCCACAACACCUAAAAAUGCAGAUCAUUUAGCUGUUCUAACUUUGCAAGGAAUUUCAAAAUCUGAAGGAAUUUCAACUACAGAAAUCAGGCAAGAUUACUUGCAUGCUUUUUCAGUAAUGGAAGAGCCACAUUCCUUCAAGGAGGCAGUAAAAGACAAGAGUUGGAUAGAGGCAAUGCAGCAAGAGGUGAAGGCUCUAGAGGAUAACAGAACUUGGGAUGUAGUUACUCUACCUGCUGGGAAGUCUACUAUAUGA